AUGGCCGAAGGAGAAAAUGGUACGAUACUUGGCCAAGUAUCAAUCGAUGUUCUCGCUAUACGACCAGGAAACAAUGCAUUUACACUCAAUGGUCUUCUUGCUCCAUCACGUGAAACAGAUCUUCCAGUUAUUGGUAAAUUCUUUUCAGCAUAUCUUAAUGGUCAAACACAAACAGUAAAAGUUUUUCGUAAUCAAUCUUCUGUAAAAAAUGCAAUUGCAAUGGAUUUAACAAUAAGUGGUCUAUCAAUGAAAGCUAAUCUCGAUGGAAUUGAAACAAAAUUAAUUCAUCAAGUCAAUGUUCUUAAUUUUAGCAUCGAAUUUGAUUCAGUUCAUGUAAAUAAAGUGUAUGUAACAGGUCGAUUAUCAGUUUUCUUUGAAUUACCAUCUAACAUUCACAUGAAAUUUAAAGCAUUAAGAACUAGUAUUAAUUUUACUAUGCAUUUUAAUGAUAAACCAAGUAUGGGUCAAAUGAUUCUUCACGAUUUACCUGUUGAACAUAAUCAAACAACAAAUGAACUGUUUAUAAGUUUUAAUAAACAAGAACUUAUUGUACUGAAUGAUGCAUCAUUUAAAGAAUUUGCUGCUAAUCUUGUUCUUACGACUAAUGCAUCAAUUAUGAUUGAAGGUUUAGCUGCAGCACUUGCUGAAGUUCGAAUAGGAAAUAUUACUCUAUCGAAUAUUCCAAUAAAUGAUACACUUCAUCUUGUUGGUUAUAAUGAAUUUGAUAACGGACUUCUAAAUAUUGAUAACAUAGAUUUAAUUGGAGCUAUAUCCUGUCAAGCACUUGCUCUUCGGGUAAGAACGCAAAUUAUUAAUCCUUCUGUUGUUAAUAUCCUUUAUGGUGGUCGUCUUUCCUUCGAUUUAUGUGAUAUUGUAAGUGGUAAAUCACUUGGUUUAGUUAAUAUCGAUCCAUUCUAUCUUCAACUACAAGAUAAUAUUACGGUACUUGAUGCCGAAGGUAUUUUUAAUAUCACUAAACAAAAUGCUGCCUUGAUUUUCACAAGUUACUGGCAAGGUCAUUCAGAAUCAGCUCUAAUAAAAUACUGUUAUUUAUGUGAAAAACGUUUGUUCAUGUGCUACAGAUGUUCAUUUAAAAGAAGACACCUAUCUAAAAUGAGACAAAUUGUUUACAAAGUAAAAUAA